CAAUCGAAAGGGUCGAGAAGCUAAAAAUGAGAGAAUUGAUGGUCAUAAAAGGCAGGAUAGUGUACUAGCCAAGGAUAGCACAACACUAGCACCUCAUAUGUGCUAUACCGGUCUCACCUCAGCAGACAAAUGGGCUAUCUGA